AUGAUUGAGGAAUAGUGUGAUUAUGUCUUCAAAUUUAUAAUUAUUGGAAACGGCAAUUGCGGAAAAACAAGUCUCCUUUAUCAUUAUAUUCAUGAGAAAUGUAAUUUAUAAGAUGAAUUAAGAAAUUACAAAUGUUAAGCAGACAUUAGGAGUUGAAUUUUCUGCCAAGAUUAUUUAAGUAAAAUAAAAGAAAAUCAAAAUGUAAUUAUGGGAUACGGCUGGUUAAGAGAGAUAUCGAUCCUUAACUAAAGUUUAUUAUAGAGGUGCCUUAGGUGCUUUAAUAGUAUUUGAUGUUACGAAGUACAAAUAUACAGUACAAUAGUUCAGACUCUUUUGAAGCUCUUACAGAGUGGAUCAAACAAGCGAGAGAGUUCUCUAAGCCAUCUAUUCAAAUUAUUAUUAUUGGAAACAAAGUAGAUCUAGAAAAAGAAAGGUAAAAUGAUAUUUGUAACAAAGAGUGAUUUCUGAAUAAUCAGCCAAAUAAUUUUGUUAAGAUAAUGAUGUUUAGUAUGUGGAAACUAGUGCUACUACUGGUUAUCAAGUGAAUGAAGCAUUUACUCUAAUAACAACAAAAACUCUAGAUUUAUUGUAACAAGGAGCCAUUGAUGGUGGCAUGAUCAAACCAAAAUUCCUUAUGUCAAAAAAUGUAGAUGAAAAAGAAAAAUAAUAGCAAUGUAAUUGUUGACCUC